GGUUAAAGCGGGAGACGCCGGGCUGUGUGCGGGCUGUGAGUUGUGAGGCCCCGACUCGCUGUGCAAUGGGCUCCCGCGCUAAGGUAUUGCAGCUUUUCAAAGCUUUGCAUAGAACAAGGAAAGAGGUGUUCAGAGGUGAUGAUAAAACACUGGAAGCUGCAAGGCAGAAGAUUAAUUCUGAAUUCCGGAACCACCUUAAUGAAUCAUCUCCAGAGCAAAUAUCUGAGUUAAUUAAAUUAGGAUCAGAUGUAGAUACAGUUCUCAGGAAGACUGUAAUCCAGGGAAUUCACACCAAGCAUAAUACCAUUUUUCUAAGACCCCGGGAAGAUGUUCUGCUGGAUAACGUGCCCUACAAUGAUAAUCCUACGAAGAAAACUAAUUAGUGUAAGAAAUAUUUCAGUGAAGGUUUGGACUUCAUGUAUUCUUAUUGAAACUACUUCAUCUUGAAUUUGCUGAAAGGCUGUUGAAAUUUUUAAGGACUAAACAUAAUCAAGAUGUGGUUAUAGAGAACCUGAUUUGUUUUUCUCUGGACAAGUAUGAACUCUGCACUGGUACUCUAGAUCACUCUGUUACAUUUCGUUCACUAGUGCCCUACCAUUGAGAUUACAAGAACCACCUGGUUUGACUUUACAGUGCAAAAUAUUUGGGUAUUUCCACUGUACCUAACUAUUAAAUGAAUUAAAUUUCCUUGUUGUCAGUAGUAGUUUAGUUGUGAUUAAGAGACCAAGUGCUAACUUGUGGAAACAUUACAGAAUUAAUAACACUUACGAAAAUUGAAAUUUUUUGGAUGAGAUCAUGACCCACAGUCAAUUGAGUUCUCUUUCUUCUAUUCUGUUGGUUGUGCAUUGUGUUACUUGCUUAGUCAUUGCAAUUAGCUUAUAUUGAUUAUUCAACAAAUAUAAAGCAAGUCAAACACUUGUACUAGAAAUCUUUGGGAAUUCAGUGCAAGGUUAUCAUUUCGGCAAGAAAUCUGCCUAGUUUAUACUUGAUGGAAACAAAGCCUAAGUACUUCUGCUGGAACAGGUUUCAAAAGUUGAAGAUUUAAUACUUGAAAUAACUAUUUCACAGGCUAGUUUUGAAUUCCUUUCAAAUGUUGGAAAAAUUCUCAGAAUUUACAAUUCUAGGAAAGAUGAAAUGGCUUUGCCUGGUCUUUUUUUAUAUAAUGCUAAGAAUAGAAAUGGUAUUGAUCCUCUGUUCAUUUUCCCAAAGAAUAUGAUUAAUUUAUAUUUUUUAAAUAAUUCAGCUCUUCUGUCCCCUCUAUUUUUAUAUGCAACUAGAAACGUGCAUUUAUGUGCAUUUUUUUUAAGACCCAGCUGGUGGCAUAGUGGCAUCAGCGUUGGACUUCGGGAUGAAAGCUCCCGGGUUCGAAUCCAGCCUGCUGGCUCCCCUGCACGCUUUCCAUCCGUGCUGGGUUACGAGCUGGUGAUCUCUUUGUAAACUCACCCGGCAGAAGGCAAUGGCAAACCACUGCUGUAACUUGCCUUGUACGCAGUUCCCCACUACGUCAGAGAGGCGUGGAGGGAAAUCAUCCGCUAACCGGAGAAACUCCGGAUGAGACAUACCUUUCCUUUUUUUUUAGUUCAGUACCCCCCAGUUUAUAGAUUGGGGGAUUACCUUAUUAUCGGCUCAGACUUGACUACUUGAAAUCAUUGUACCACCUGAUUUUCUUGUUUAAUUGAAUACUUUUGCCUAUUUAUUAUUGAUCAGAAUUGGUUCUAGCCCCGGACUUGUUGCUUUUCACCAGUAAUUUUUAAAAUGUGUAGUAAUGUAAACAUUAAAUGAACAUCUUGUUCAUUUCUUUCUACUCAUGCUGCAUGUUAUACAUUUACGUUUCCCUUCAUUUAUUACACUUUCUAGAAAGCUGAAAAUGGAUCCACAUGCAUGAUUUAGUUACACUGUUUGAUACUCGUGCUGCUGUGAACCUCAUAUGUUACAAUGGAUGGAGUGUGUGAAUAAAAUUGUCUUGAUAAUGCAAGUUAUUUUUUUGUAGAUAAUUAAUUCAUUGGGCCUACAUUAAAUAAUGAACAUUUCAUGACAAUGCCAAAAGCAGGGUUUUUUUUUAUAUUUGUGUUUUAUAACUUAUUUUCCAACUUGAGGUAAUAACUGUAUUGACAUUGAGUUGAUUCAUUUUCAUAUAAAUAAAAUAUU